AUGAAAAGCCUUACAAGUUACGGUCUUGAGUGCUCAAGUUUCCAAGAUGAUUGGGAAUGCAGAAGUCAUUCUGACAGGGAAAAGGAAAAUCCACAUGGACAUCUGAGUCAAAUGAUAAUCGAUAAUGAAGAAAUAUCCACUUUGGGCCAGCCAGCACCCCUUACUUUUUAUCAGAAAAUUCAUACCAGAGAAAAACCCUAUGGAUAUAAUGAAUGUACAAAAGACUUCUGGCAAGAGGACUUCUUUAUUAAUCAUCAAGGGAUUCAGACUAAUGAGAAACCCUAUAAAUGCAAGGAAUGUGGGAAGGCCUUUAAAUAUGGUUCACGACUAAUUCAACAUGAGAAUAUUCAUUCUGGCAAAAAACCGUAUGAAUGUAAGGAAUGUGGAAAGGCCUUCAAUUCUGGUUCAAAUUUCAUACAACAUCAGCGUGUUCAUACUGGUGAGAAACCUUAUGAAUGUAAGGACUGUGCAAAGGCCUUUAGUCGAAGCUCACAGCUGAUUGAACAUCAACGAAUUCAUACUGGUGAGAAACCCUAUCAGUGUAAGGACUGUGGCAAGGCUUUCAAUCGGAUCUCACAUCUUAAAGUGCAUUAUAGAAUUCAUACUGGUGAAAAACCCUAUGCAUGCAAGGAAUGUGGGAAAACCUUUAGUCAUCGUUCUCAGCUGAUUCAACAUCAGACUAUUCAUACCGGCAAGAAACUCUAUGAAUGUAAAGAAUGUGGGAAGGCCUUUAAUCAAGGCUCAACUCUUAUUCGACAUCAGAGAAUUCACACUGGUGAGAAACCCUAUGAAUGUAAGGCAUGUGGGAAGGCCUUUAGGGUGAGCUCACAACUUAAGCAACAUCAGAGGAUUCACACAGGAGAGAAACCCUACCAAUGUAAGGUAUGUGGUAGGGCUUUCAAACGGGUCUCUCAUCUUACUGUACAUUACAGAAUUCAUACAGGUGAAAAGCCAUAUGCAUGUAGGGAAUGUGGGAAAGCCUUCAGCCACUGCUCACAACUGAUUCAACAUCAGGUAAUUCAUACUGAGGAAAAGCCCUAUGAAUAUAAGGAACAUCGGAGGACUUUAAAUCAUGAUUCAGCUACCAUUCAACAUCAGAGAAUGCAAAACAGACAAACACAAGUGAAUUUAAUAAAUGUAGAAAAGCCUUCCAUCAGCACUUAUCCUUUAUUAAUCAUCAGAGAAUUUAUGUUAGCAAGCAAUCAUAUGAAUGGAAAUAAUGGGACGAGUCCAUUAGCUUAGGCUAAUCACAACUUACUCUUUAUAUCUUGAAGAAAGACUUGAAGGAUGUCAUGUAAGUGAGAAUUCCUUUAUUCAGAGCUUUCUUUUAUCCUGAGGAAUAAAAUUCAUAUUGAAGAAAAA